AGGGCAUCGGCGAGGCGGCCUGGUGCCUGCAGUGUAAUGUUGAGUCAGUCGUACAAGAAAACACCAAGAGCUUAGAGUUACAGGCGAGGGGAAGGUCCGGACAGAAAUAACCCGGCUCGGGAUAUCCCGGUUCAGACGAAGAGUAGCAGGGACGUCUUGGCUGCCCGGGCAACAUGCACCGAAUAACGGGAAGGACCGGGGAUGAAAGUUUAAUUGAGAUGAGCCCGACAGAGUCUCUCCGCGAUGAGACUAACGGAUACCAUCAUCACCCUACAUCUGGCGGACGAUCCACCCAGCAGGGACAAUCAGCGAUUGACAAAAGUCAGCAGAGUAAAGACUCUGUUUUCUUCCGCGAUGGAGUGCGCAGGGUUGAUUUUGUCCUGUCGUACAUUGAUGAUAAAGAUGGCGAGAGGAAACAGGAGAGGAGGAGGGAGUAUGAAGCCAAUCUAGAGAAGGCAGGGCUGGAGCUGGAGACAGAAGAUAAAUCGGAGUCGGAAGAUGGGAAAACUUAUUUCCUCAAAAUCCAUGCUCCAUGGGAAGUGCUGGCCACCUACGCAGAUGUGCUGAAGAUCAAAGUGCCAUUCAAGGCCAAUGACAUCCCAAACCACACAGAGAUACCCAUGAACUGGCUCUCCACCCCGUUUCGUCUGCCUGACCACAUUAUGCACCCGGAGCCAGACUUCUUCACAGCUCCCUUCAACAAGAGCAAAUCUGACUUCUUCCUCAUCGAUGACAAAGAGACAUUCUUCCCUCCAUCUACUCGCAACAGGAUAGUCUAUUAUAUCCUGGCCCGCUGUCCAUAUUACAAGGGGGACCAUGGAGACAAAGACAAGAAGGGUAUCAAGAGGUUACUCAACAACGGCACCUACACUUCUGCCUUCCCUCUGCACGAUUGUAGGUACUGGACGAGAUCGAGGGAUCUUAACUGUGAAAGUGAGAGGUACAAUCUCUACAAAUACUGGGCCAGAUUCUUAUGCUUCUUCAAGGAACAGCCACUCAACCUUAUAAGGAAGUACUAUGGGGAGAAGAUUGGCAUUUAUUUUGCGUGGCUGGGCUUCUACACUGAGAUGCUGUUCUUUGCUGCAGUGGUAGGCGUAAUCUGUUUCAUCUAUGGACUCCUCACCUACAGUGAAAAUGAGUGGAGUUAUGAAAUAUGUAGCGAGGAGAUUGGAGGUAAAAUUGUCAUGUGCCCUCUGUGUGACAAGAAAUGUGGCUACUGGAAGCUCAACUCGACAUGCAACUCAUCAUGGCAAUCACAUCUUUUUGACAAUGUGGGGACAGUGUUCUUUGCCAUAUUCAUGGGGAUUUGGGUGACCCUGUUCCUGGAGUUCUGGAAGCGGCGGCAGGCCCGUCUGGAGUACGAGUGGGAUCUGGUCGACUUUGAGGAGGAGCAGCAGCAGCUUCAGCUGCGACCAGAAUACGAGACCAAGUGCACCAACCGGAGGCUGAACCGUAUCACUCAGGAAAUGGAGCCUUACUUACCCAUAACAAGCAAGUGUGCUCGCACAUGCCUGUCUGGAGCCACCGUCCUGUUCUGGAUCUCAUUGAUCAUUGCCUGCAUCAUUGGGGUGAUAGCAUACCGUCUGGCGGUAUACGCGGCCUUCGCCAGCAUCAUGAAGGACAGUCCCACCAACAACCUGCAGGUGGUGGGCUCCCUCAUCACGCCACAGCUGGCCACCUCUGUCACCGCCUCCUGCAUCAAUUUUGUCAUCAUCAUGAUCCUCAACCUCAUGUAUGAGAGAGUGGCUAUUUGGAUCACUGAUAUGGAAAUCCCCAAGACCCACCUGGAGUAUGAGAACAAACUGACGGUGAAGAUGUUCCUCUUCCAGUUUGUCAACUAUUACUCCUCUUGCUUUUACGUGGCUUUCUUUAAGGGCAAGUUUGUUGGCUAUCCCGGAGAUUAUGCUUACAUGUUUGGCAGCCACCUGAGGAAUGAGGAGUGUGACCCUGGUGGCUGUCUGAUUGAACUGACCACCCAGUUGGUGAUUGUGAUGACCGGUAAACAGGUGUGGGGAAACAUCCAGGAGGCGCUGGUCCCGUGGCUGAUGAACUGGUGGGGCAGCAGGAGGUCCCGGAGCCACCCAGAGAGUCUGUACAGCCGCUGGGAGCAGGACCAUGACCUGCAGAGCUUCGGACAGCUCGGACUCUUCUAUGAGUACCUGGAGAUGGUAAUCCAGUUUGGUUUCAUCACGUUGUUCGUCGCCUCCUUCCCCCUGGCUCCUCUGCUGGCCCUGUUCAACAACAUCAUAGAGAUCAGAGUGGACGCCUGGAAGUUCACCACCCAGUUCAGACGGCCGGUGGCAGCCAAGGCCCACAGCAUCGGAGCCUGGGCGGAAAUCCUCAGCGGCGUGGCUGUGCUCUCUGUCGUCACUAAUGCUUUCAUUGUUGCUUUCACCUCUGAUAUGAUCCCUCGGCUUGUCUACAUGUACGCCUACUCGUCAGACAGUGGGAUCUCCAUGAAAGGCUACAUAAAUGACAGCCUGUCAGUGUUCAACAUCUCUGAGAUCCCCGACCGCAGCAGGCCAGAGGACGGAGAGAACCCUUCCUGGUUUAAUAGCUCCAUCACUACCUGCAGGUAUCGUGACUACCGCUACCCCCCUGGACAUGAGAAGCAAUACUCCCACACUAUGAAGUUCUGGCACAUCUUGGCUGCUAAGCUGGCUUUCAUAAUUAUCAUGGAGCAUGUGGUGUUCCUGGUUAAGUUUUUCGUGGCCUGGAUGAUUCCUGAUGUUCCAUCAGAGGUGAAGGCUCGCAUAAAGAGAGAGCGCUACUUGGUCCAAGAGUAUCUCCACAACUACGAAGUGGAGAAGCUAAAGAUGCAGCUCAGCCAAAACGGCCACAGCGAAUGUACCUGCACACCCAUGAUCUACCCGUCCUUAACCAAACAUGAGGUGCUAUCUGAGUGUCUCUAGCCCUCGGCCUUCUCUCCGCCCGCAGUUCCACUGUCCUAUCAGCAGGACAUGGUGAUGAAGGUUAUCUUGUCGCUACCCUGCUUGUGUACUUUGACACUGACCAUCACUUUGCUGUAGUGCCUACAUUGUUUAUACUAUACAGGGACAGGUUUAUCAAAGAACUACAGAUUUCCUCAGUUAGUCAUCCCUCUUCUACUGUUCAGCGUGAGUGUACAGACAUGAAAAACGUGAUAGAGACCGUAGAGUCUGCAUGCAUGCUGUAGAUGUAGCCACCAUGCACUUGAAUUUAAAUCUUUGUCUCAUACUUAUGGCUUUUCAUUCGUAUUUGCUGCAAGGAAAUGAAGAUGAAAUGCUAUACACUGUGUCUAAAGCCAGGCAUCUCACUGAUAUUAUGUAGAAAGGCUAUUUAUUUUUAAGUACCACUAGACAAAAUGCCUUAAUCUAUUACACAUCCAACAAUGUUUCCUCAUUUCCUCAAACUGAAAUGUAAUGUAAUUUGGACACUGCAAGUUUAUUUUUGGCAUUAUUGUAGGUGUUCUAGCAUCACAUACAUUUAUGUUCAGCUUUAUUAUUAUGCAGGAUUUGUAUGUUUGCAACAGUUGUAACCAUUGUUGUUGUUGUUUUUUUAAUCUUGUUUGUUGGCCUAAGUAUGUGGGAGGACAGUUAGAUAUAUCACAAUAUUACCAAAAAAAAAAGUUUUGUUUUUUUCCUCACAACACUGUGAUGCUGUUCAGAGGCUUGUUGCCAGUAUUUUGCAAUGAUCCGGUGACAAUGCUUUGUUUCCUGAGGCCAAAUCUGGCAUGUGAAAAAAUUUUUAAAUGAAGUAAUCAUCUGUUUUAUUGCUCAUUUGUGUUAUUAGCUGUGUGUGAGUAAGGGAGAAUAAUCUAAAGUUUUAUUUGACGCUGCUGUGGCUAGUUUUCCUGCAGCAGCUGGUGCAUGUUGACAGUGAGUCCUGUUCCCGAAACCCUGAGAGAGUGAAGGGAUCUCUUUUUAAUGUGCCUCUGUUUAACAACACACUGGCGCUAAUGAAAGCCGGCCCCCACCUACUAAACCAUAGUAUGUUUGCUCCGUCACACAAAGCACAUCAGCCAUCGCUUAGCUCUCAGUGUUUCAGGUUUCCUCAGCUGAGUCUGUGUAGAGAGGGAAAGAUAGACAUUCUUUUUUUGUUUGUUUGUUUUGCACAAAGCACUUAAUGAAACAUGUCUACCAUGGCAUAAGUGUGUCAGUGUAAUUGCUGUCAUGACACUAUAUGUAAUCAGUGUUUUGAAACAAGAACAUGUGAUAAUAUGCCAAUCUCUAUUCACUCAAAAGGAACACAGGUUGCACUGUAAAUGGAAACACAUACUGUAUGUAAGAAAAGGUUCCCAGUUCUGAUUUCUUGUUCAUGUGGAGGUUGAAUAUGAAGGUGAAUGAAGAAGAAAAGAUAUGUUGUAUCAUGUUUAACAGUGAAAUCUGUAUUGUAAUGGUUUUGAAAUUAUAUGAAGGACAUUUUUACAUCUGUUACCUACAUCGAAAUAUGUAAGAAGUUUCUCAAACAUUUGAAUUCCCUGUUAAAUAGCUGCCUGGGCAUGCUUCAGUGAAUGCACAUAGAUGUGAUUACACGACCUAGUGACAUGAAGACCUUUGAGCAUUGUUGGACUGUCCCAGUUUGCCUUUUUAUGCCCUGGGCUCUGCUAAAGUUGUCCCUGUUGAUGCCUUAAUACAUUUUAAUACUUAAGUUGUGAUUUCAAUUUGUAAUUCUGUACCAGUUUGUAUUGCCUCAUUUUUUUUCUUUCCUCUUUUGUUAUACUUUAGUGAUAUUUAUUUUAUAUACUUACUAUAAAAAGUCAAAGUAAAAGGUGUUUACAGUAUGCUAUAAGUUGUAAUUUCAUGUUUUGGUUAAUUUUGUUCUAUAAUUUUUUACAGCACCCUGUAUCCAAAUGCAUCAGACUGUCUGUUUAAAAAGAAAAAACGUACAGAAUAAAGUAUCAGUUCAACACAAGUA